AAUGUAAAGUUGGUAAGUGAGAGAGAAGCAAUAUUCUUUGAAAAAGGUUAUAAGCUAUACAAUUUUUAAUGAAGAUAAGUACUCCUUAUGUAAAUUCAUGAGGAGUUAAAAUCAUUAUAUAGAAACCAAGGGACUAUAUUAGCCAUUCAUUUUAAAUAAGGGGUACUUUGUAAAAUGUGGAUUAAAAGAAAAUGUCUCCAAAACUGUGCCUCACUCUCUCCCCUUCAGAAAUUACCCAGAGGAAGAUGGCAUCGGGAAAUCACACCACGGUGACCGAGUUCAUCCUCGCUGGGCUAACGCAGCAGCCAGAGCUCCAGCUGCCCCUCUUCCUCCUUUUCCUAGGAAUCUACGUGGUCACGGUGGUGGGCAACCUGGGCAUGAUCACACUGAUUGGGCUCAGUUCUCACCUGCACACCCCCAUGUACUACUUCCUCAGCAGCUUGUCCUUCAUUGAUUUCUGCUCUUCCUCUGUCAUUACCCCCAAAAUGCUGGUGGACUUUGUGGCAGAGAAGAACACCAUCUCCUACCCUGAGUGCAUGGCUCAGCUCUAUUUCUUCCUUCUCUUUGUUGUAUCAGAGUGUCACAUGUUGGCUGCAAUGGCAUAUGACCGCUACGUUGCCAUUUGUCGCCCAUUGCUUUAUAAUGUCAUCAUGUCCCAUCAGGCCUGUUUCUCCUUGAUUUUAGGAGUGUAUCUUAUAGGCCUGGUUUGUGCAUUUGCUCACACAGGCUGCAUGUUUAGGAUUCAUUUCUGCAAAUUUGAAGUGAUCAACCAUUAUUUCUGUGAUCUUCUUUCCCUUUUAAAACUCUCCUGCUCUAGUACCCACGUCAAUGAGUUACUGAUUCUAAUCGUUAGUGCAAUUAAUAUCCUUGCCCCCAGCCUGACCAUCCUUAGCUCCUACGUUUUCAUCAUUGCCAGCAUCCUCCGCAUUCGGUCCAAGGAGGGCAGGUCCAAAGCCUUCAGCACCUGCAGUUCCCACAUCUUAGCUGUUGCUGUUUUCUUUGGUUCUUCAGCCUUCAUGUACCUGCAGCCAUCAUCAGCCAGCUCCACGGACCAAGGGAAGGUGUCCUCUGUGUUUUAUACCAUCAUUGUGCCCAUGCUGAACCCGAUGAUCUACAGCCUCAGGAAUAAAGAUGUCAGUGUUGCCCUGAAGAAAAUGCUAGAGAGAAGAAUAUUAUUGUGAUUAGAAAUACUGUGAGGAUGAUUUGUUAGUGACCAACUAUUAAACUAUAUUAAUUGUUUCAU